UGUAGAAAACACGUGAAAGCUACCAGCCCCACUUGCAGCUGAACCACACGGAGGCUCCUUAAUAAUUUAAGUGUUCUCUGUCAGCAGAGGGGAAGAAAACAGGAUCUGAUAGUGGUUCAGGAUGGGCGGGGGAGAUGUAGCAUUGCUGAGAACAGCCAUCUAACGCUUUGUGCAUUCGUUUGGUCUCCUUCAAAGCAAGCCACUCUCCAAUUAUCAUACAUCGCUUUGACCCUCUGCUAUAGGAAAACGCUGGAGUAAUCAGUUGGGAUUGGUGAUGGCUCUAAUCGUUCACCUACGGACAGUGACAGACCUCAGGGGCAAGGGAGACCGGAUUGCUAAAGUCGCCUUUAGAGGGCUCUCAUUUUAUACAAGAGUUUUGGAAAACUGUGAGGAUGAAGCCAGAUUUAACGAGAGUUUCCGUUGGCCAAUUGCUAGUAAUGUUGAUGGAAAUGAAAUGCUGGAAAUUCAAGUAUUCAAUUAUAGCAAAGUCUUCACAAAUAGGCUCAUUGGAACUUUUCGAAUGGUAUUACAGAAAGUAGUAGAAGAAGGACAGCUGGAAGUAUCGGAUACAUUAAUAGAUGACAAUAACAGUGCCAUUCGGACAUGUGUUUCCAUAGAGAUCAAAUACCAAGCAAUGGAUGGCACAGUGGGUGCUUGGAAUGACAAUGAGUUUCUUGAUGAUUCCAAUCGGUCAGAAAAUGACGGAGCCUUCCAGUUUGAGACAGACAGCCUUUUAUCAGGUCAUAGCCAAGGAUCUGGAGUGUCUCCUGGACGAUCUCAUCAAAGUCUUCAAUCUGCAGAAAGAUCAUUUAGAAAAACAGGUAAAGGAGUGUUUUCAGCCAUGAAGCUGGGUAAGAUUCGUCCCCCUAAAGAAGAUCACAAAGGAAAAGAUGAGCCAGCAAUUCUGGAAACCGAAGACUUGGAUCGAAAAGCAAUGCGCCUGGGUGGUGGACUAGAUCCAGAUACAAUUUCCUUGGCCUCUGUCACUGCAGUCACUACCAAUGUCUCCAAUAAACGGUCGAAACCAGAUAUUAAAAUGGAACCCAGUGCUGGUAGACCAAUGGAUUAUCAAGUUAGCAUCACAAUUAUCGAAGCACGACAGCUCGUUGGUUUGAAUAUGGACCCAGUAGUUUGUGUUGAGAUUGGAGAUGAAAAGAAAUAUACAUCAAUGAAGGAGUCUACAAACUGCCCCUACUACAAUGAGUAUUUUGUUUUUGACUUCCAUGUACCUCCAGAUGUCAUGUUUGACAAAAUCAUUAAGCUUUCUGUUAUACACUCCAAGAAUUUAUUGCGCAGUGGAACAUUAGUAGGCACGUUCAAGCUAGAUGUGGGCACAGUUUACUCACAGCAAGAACACCAGUUCUACCACAAAUGGGCCAUUCUGUCAGACCCUGAUGAUAUCACCGCUGGAGUGAAAGGUUACCUGAAGUGCGACAUUGCUGUUGUUGGCAAAGGUGACAACAUUAAAACUCCACACAAAGCGAAUGAGACAGACGAAGAUGACAUAGAAGGAAAUCUUUUACUACCUGAAGGAGUUCCAUCCGAGAGGCAGUGGGCUCGCUUUUAUGUCAAAAUUUACAGAGCUGAAGGACUUCCAAAGAUGAAUACAAGUCUCAUGGCCAAUGUGAAGAAAGCUUUUAUUGGUGAAAACAAAGAUUUGGUGGACCCGUAUGUUCAAGUUCUUUUUGCAGGACAAAAGGGAAAGACAUCUGUACAGAAAAGCAGCUAUGAACCAAUAUGGAAUGAACAAAUUAUAUUUACAGAAAUGUUUCCUCCACUUUGUAAGCGAAUGAAAAUUCAGAUAAGAGAUUCAGACAAAGUGAAUGAUGUAGCCAUAGGAACACACUUUAUUGACUUGAGGAAGAUUGCCAAUGAUGGAGACAAAGGAUUUCUUCCUACACUGGGACCUGCUUGGGUAAACAUGUAUGGCUCAACCCGCAACUACACCCUAAUGGACGAACAUCAAGAUUUAAAUGAAGGACUUGGGGAAGGUGUUUCCUUUCGAGCUCGUCUUCUGAUCAGCAUUGCUGUGGAGAUCCUGGACACCACAUCCACUGAGAUUAUGAACUCUACUGAUGUGCAGACAGAAGGAAUCCAAAAUAUCUCAGAGAAUGUCACUGGGAAAAUUGAAGAGUUUUUCUUAUUUGGAGCAUUCCUUGAAGCAACCAUGAUUGAUAGGAAGAUUGGAGAUAAGCCAAUUACAUUUGAAGUGACAAUAGGUAAUUAUGGAAAUCAAAUUGAUGGUGUAAACAAGCCAGCCAUGCACAAGAAAAAGAAAGAGGGGGGUGAGAGUGAUGAAGAAGAGUCCGAACUUAUUCAGAACUCCAGCGAAGAUGAAACUGAAGAUGAUGGAGAUAUGGUUUCAGUCUCUAGUACUCCACCAAUGAAACCAGUUAUCACUGACAGGAAUUAUUUUCACUUACCCUAUUUUGAGAAGAAGCCUUGCACCUACAUUAAAAGCUGGUGGCAGGAUCAGAGGAGACGUCUCUAUAAUGCAAACAUAAUGGACAAAAUUGCAGAUAAAUUGGAAGAGGGAUUAAAUGAUGUGCAGGAGAUUAUAAAAACUGAGAAAGCAUAUCCGGAACGCAGACUCCGAGGAGUAUUAGAAGAAUUAGGUAGUGGAUGCAGUCGUUUUGUUACACUAGCAGACAAGGACCAAAAUCAGGCUGGGAGGACAAGACUUGACAGAGAGAGACUCAAAUUCUGCAUGAGAGAGCUGGAAAAUAUGAGUCAGCAGGCUAAAACUAUUCGGUCUCAGGUGAAGAAAAACACAGUUAAAGAUAAGCUAAAGCUUGUUCAAAACUUCCUUCAGAAGCUACGCUUUCUUGCUGAAGAGCCUCAGCACAGUAUUCCUGAAGUGUUUAUAUGGAUGAUAAGCAAUAACAAACGUAUUGCAUACGCCAGAAUUCCCUCCAAGGAUAUUUUGUACUCCAUAGUAGACGAAGAGAUGGGAAAGGAGUGUGGGAAAGUCAAGACAGUCUUCCUUAAGCUACCUGGUAAGAAAGGUUUUGGCCCUGCUGGUUGGACUGUGCAGGCAAAAAUGGAGAUUUACCUUUGGCUGGGUCUCAACAAGCAGCGCAAAGAUUUCUUAAGUGGUCUCCCCAAUGGCUUUGAAGAAAAUAAAGCUUUGAAAGGCCCAGGUUUGCAGUCCUUCCCACCUAUCAGCCUUACCUAUACCAUGAAACAGAUAUUCCAGUUGAGAGUUCACAUGUACCAGGCACGGAGCCUUUUUGCGGCUGACAGCAGUGGUCUCUCUGACCCUUUUGCACGGGUGUUCUUUUCUACUCAUAGCCAAUGUACUGAGGUCUUGAAUGAGACCCUGUGUCCCACUUGGGACCAGCUGUUGGUGUUUGAUCAUGUAGAGCUUUAUGGAGAAGCAAGUGAACUGAGAGAUGAUCCACCAAUUAUUGUCAUUGAAAUCUAUGAUCAGGACACUCCUUCUAAGUUUGACAAGGAUCCGGGUAAAGCUGAAUUUAUUGGCAGAACCUUUGCGAAACCCAUUACAAAGAUGUCUGAUGAGCACUAUGGACCACCUCGUUUUCCUCCCCAACUUGAAUACUACCAGAUUUAUCGGGGUAAUUGCACAGCAGGAGAUCUCUUAGCAGCUUUUGAGUUGCUCCAGAUUGGCCCAGGUGGAAAAGCUGAGCUGCCUCCAAUUGAUGUCCCAACUGAUUCAGAGAAAGGACCUAUUUUACCUGUGCCCAUGGGUGUCCGUCCUGUCUUGAGCAAAUACAGGAUUGAGGUAUUGUUCUGGGGACUGAGAGACCUCAAAAGAGUGAAUUUGGCCCAAGUAGACAGACCCCGGGUUGAUAUUGAAUGUGCUGGAAAAGGAGUCCAGUCAGCCGUCAUUCAGAACUAUAAAAAAAAUCCAAACUUCAGCACCUUGGUCAAAUGGUUUGAAGUUGACCUUCCUGAAAAUGAGCUUCUUCACCCACCACUCAAUAUUCGUGUUGUGGACUGUCGUGCCUUUGGCAGAUACACACUUGUAGGGUCGCAUGCAGUUGGCUCUCUACGGAAGUUCAUCUACAGAGCUCCAGACAGAAAUGCUAAUAACUGGGCAACUGCAGCCAAAUUAAUGAAUGGCUACAUGGCACUUACAAAUGGUGGACCAUACUCUCGCCACACAGGUGAAAUAGUUGUGAACAUGGAGCCAGAACCUCCAGUUAAGAAGAUGGAGACAGUUGUGAAACUCGAUGCUACCUCUGAUGCUGUUGUUAAAGUUGAUGUGUCUGAAGAAGACAAAGAAAAAGAAAAGAAGAAGAAAAAAAAGAAAGGUGGGGAGGAAAUUGAGGAGGAAGAACCUGAUGAGAGCAUGCUGGACUGGUGGUCUAAAUAUUUUGCCUCCAUUGAAACCCUGAAAGAACAACUGAGAGCCCAAGAAGCAGCUGCAGCAGAGGCAGAAGAAAAGGAAGAUAUGGAAAUUGCAGCAGAAGGUGCAGAUGUCAAACCUGAUGAAUCUCCCAUGAAAGGCACAAAAGGCAAGGAAAAAGGCAAAGAGAAGACCAAGGCACCAAAAGAGGAUAAGAAAAAGAAGAACCAGAUGACUGAAGUAAUGGACAAAAAAAAUAAACAGAAGAUAGAUGAGCUGCAAGUAUACAACAAAGAAUUAGAAAAUGAGUAUGACAAUUUUGAAGACUGGCUGCACACCUUCAACUUGUACAGAGGCAAAAUUGGAGAUGAUGAUGACAGUGUGACUGAAGAUGAAAGAAUUGUUGGGAGAUACAAGGGCUCCCUCUGUGUCUAUAAAAUGCCUCUUCCAGAAGAUGUUACCAAAGAAGCCAGUUUUGAUCCCAACUUUGGCAUGUUCCAGGGUAUUCCAAACAAUGAUCCUGUGAAUGUGUUAGUCAGAGUUUAUGUGGUCAGGGCCACGGACUUGCACCCUGCAGACAUUAAUGGGAAGGCUGACCCUUAUGUUGUUAUAAAACUUGGAAAGACAGAAAUUAAAGAUAAAGAGAAUUACAUUUCUAAACAGCUGAACCCUGUCUUUGGGAAGUCAUUUGAUAUUGAGGCCACAUUUCCCAUGGAGUCCAUGCUUACAGUAGCAGUAUUUGACUGGGAUUUAGUAGGAACUGAUGAUCUCAUAGGAGAAACCAAAAUUGACCUUGAGAAUCGAUACUACAGCAAACAUCGAGCAACAUGUGGGAUUUCCCAGAGUUAUGCCAUUCAUGGGUAUAAUGCAUGGAGAGACCCAAUGAAGCCGACACAGAUUCUCACAAAGCUCUGCAAAGAGGCAAAAGUGGAUGGACCUCAUUUUGGGCCUGGAGGACGAGUGAAAGUUGCCAACAGAGUGUUCUUGGGACCAACUGAGAUAGAAGAUGAAAAUGGACUUAAAAAGCAGACAGAUGAGCAUCUUGCCCUUACGGUUCUACACCACUGGGAAGAGAUACCACAUGCUUGUUACAAACUUGUCCCUGAACAUGUGGAAACCAGGCCUCUCCUUAACCCUGAUAAGCCCGGGAUUGAACAGGGACGAAUUGAGAUGUGGGUAGAUAUGUUCCCUAUGGAUAUGCCUGCACCAGGACCGGCUAUAGACAUCUCACCAAGGAAACCAAAAAAAUAUGAGCUAAGAGUGAUAAUUUGGAAUACUGAUGAGGUCAUUCUGGAAGAUGAUGAUUACUUCACUGGAGAAAAAUCUAGUGACAUUUUUGUGCGGGGUUGGCUGAAGGGACAACAAGAAGACAAACAAGACACAGAUGUCCACUAUCACUCUCUAACCGGGGAAGGAAAUUUCAACUGGCGAUUCAUCUUUCCUUUUGAUUAUCUUGUUGCUGAAGAGAAGAUAGUGAUAUCAAAGAAAGAGUCCAUGUUCUCUUGGGAUGAAACUGAAUACAAGAUACCAGCUCGUCUAACCUUACAAGUUUGGGAUGCUGACCACUUCUCUGCCGAUGACUUUUUAGGAGCUAUUGAGCUGGACCUUAACCGAUUCCCACGUGGGGCUAAAACAGCCAAACAAUGUUCAAUAGAUAUGGUAGUGAAUGAGCAGGAGUUGCCUACUGUAUCUAUCUUCAAGCAGAAAAGGGUGAAGGGGUGGUGGCCUUUUGUAGCCCGAAAUGAGAAUGAUGAAAUGGAGCUCACGGGCAAAGUGGAGGCAGAGCUGCACCUACUAACAGCUGAAGAAGCAGAGAAGAGCCCCGCAGGCCUUGCACGGAAUGAACCAGACCCCUUGGAGAAACCAAACCGGCCCGACACCUCCUUCAUCUGGUUCCUCAACCCGCUUAAAUCCAUCAAGUACCUCAUCUGUAACCGAUACAAGUGGCUCAUCAUCAAAAUCGUGCUGGCCUUGCUGGCACUGGCUAUGCUUGGCCUUUUUCUGUACAGCAUGCCAGGUUAUAUGGUCAAGAAAUUGCUGGGAGCUUAAAGAAGAAGCCCUGCCAUAUGAAACAGACACUGGAAGCCUGUGUUUUUUUCCCUUCUUUUUUACAGGCACAUAUUUUCCAUUUUGGCUUGGUUGAAAACACAGUUUGAGUUGUGUUCCAGAUUAUGUUUUAUGUUAAGAAGUGGUGUUAAUUGCAAUCCAGCAUGGUCCCUGCUUCAAUAGAAUAGGGUUAGCUGCUUCUGUUCCACACUGAAAAUACCCAGGGCUGUUUGUGGAAGCACAGUUGUGUGAAAAUCUUAAGCACAGACAUGUUUACAGAUGUAAAGUUUAUGGCUGAUGUGAUAUGACAGCAUGCAUGCCCUCUACUUACUGUUUACAUUUCUAUCUUUUCCUCCACCAUCACAUAAAAAUAUUAAAAUAUAAAAUGACAUAUUUUGUCUAAACCAAAGCAUACAGUAAAUUGAUUUUUUACAUUAUCAUUUUUUCCUAAAGACAUACCAGCUGUAAAAGUAAUUUCUUAGACAAUAAUAAUUCUGUUUCUCAUGAUUAAGCUGCCUGUGUAUAAAGCACAAUACACUUGUUGAUUUAUAUUAAUAGGACAAAGAGCACAAUGGACAAGACAAUGAAGUUCAUUAUUUAGGCAGCUGGGUAGUCGUGCUAAUUUCAAGGGUUUGCUUACCAUGGCCCAUGGUUCACCUUUAAAGCACCAAUUAUUACUGACACCCGAGGCAAUGGUGAGCUUCUUAGACUGGCUGGGCAUUUGAAAUUGACUUUCUUCCAUAACUUUGCUGUCUUUUAAAAAUACUGGGGCAUAAAAGACAACCAGAGAUCUGCACCUGUGUUCCAGUUCCUAAGAGAAAUACACCAAAUCGAACACAUUUCAUUCAGGAUUUAUGUAUUUGUCUUUCAAAUGGACAGACUUGCUAUGCACACACCACAUGAAGCUGAGUAGUCUGUCCGUGUAGGUUUGGUUUGGAUUUGCUGUGUGCAGUUUCUAGGUGAAUUUUGCUUAUUUGCUCUCUAGCUAUUUAGGAUUUAUAUGUUAAAACGCUGAGGAACGGGAUGGGGGGUAUUUAUUUAUUUAUGUGUUGAUUGAUGGGUUUGUUUUUUGUGUUGAUUUCAAAGUCUCUGCAAUAACAUUGUUUUAUUUAUAUUAAAAGCCAAAAAAAAAAGAAAAAA